AUGGCUGGCACAUCUAACACAGCUGGUAUCCCUGCACCUUUAGUUGAAGGACACUCUAUCACUAGACCACCUUUGUUUAAUGGUUCUAAUUAUUCUUUCUGGAAAGUGAGGAUGAGAAACUUUAUUCAAUCUGUUGAUAUUGAAGCAUGGCAAAGAAUUGUUAAAGGUCCUGAAAUUCCAUUAGAAUUGCAUGCUGAUGAUUAUAGAGAAAAACUAGAAGAUGAAUAUAAUGAACUUGAUUGGAAGAAAGUUUCUUCAAAUGCUAAAGCUUUAAGCAUUCUUCAUUGUGCACUUGAUGCAACUAAGUAUAAUCGGACUAAUCAAGUGAAAGAAUCAAAAGCAAAUAGGCUUGUUCGAGAAUAUGAACUAUUUGAGAUGAAACCUGGAGAAACCAUUUCAGAAAUGAGCACAAGAUUUACUGAUCUGGUGAAUGUUCUCAAAGCUCUUGAAAAAGAAUUCACUGAAGAAGAGUUAGUCAAGAAAGUCUUGAGGUCACUACUUAAAUCAUGGGAAACAAAAGUUAUAGUGAUCUUUGACACCAAAGAUUUCUCCAAAUUCACUUAUGAUGAGCUUAUUAGUUCUCUUAUUGCUCAUGAAAUGCUUUAUGACAAGAGCAAGAGCAAUAUAGAUGAUGAAAAGAAAAAGAGAGGAAUUGCCUUAAAGUCAAGCCAAGAGGAUGAAUUAAGGAAAACUAUAGCUUUUAAGGCUGCCUCAAGUGACAGCUCCAAUAGUUCAAGUGAUGAAGAUGAUCUUGCCAUGAUUAUAAGAAGAUUCAAGAAAGCAUUCAAAAAGGGAGGUUUGAAAUAUAAGAAAUUCCUAAAGAAGUAUUCUCCCAAAGGUGAAAUAAGUAAGGAUCAAAGUGAGAUUAAAUGCUUUGAAUGCAAAAAACCUGGUCACAUUAAGCCAAAUUGUCCUAAAUUGAAAAAGAAGAAUUCAAAGGACAAGAGCAAGAAAGCCUUGGUUGCUGGCUGGAUGGAUAGUGAUGAUUCCUCAAGUGAUAACUCUAGUGACAAGGAGGUUGCACACAUUUGUCUCAUGGCUCUAGAAGAGGAUAAACUAGAAAGUUCCCAACAAAGAGAAAUCAACACUGAGGUAAAUAAUUCUGACUCUCUUAGUAUUGAGGAUUAUGAAGAUGCAUUUGCCAAAUUAUAUGAAGAAUACAAAGUUUAUAAGAAAAAAUGUUCUGCUUUAAAUAAAGAAAUUACUUCCUUAAGAGUUGAAAAUGAUUCUAUGAGCAUUAUUGUACAAAAAAAUAAGUUUUAUAAAAAUCAAAUGCUCUUGUUUGAUGAGCUGAAUAAGGAGUUAGAAGAUUCAAAAAUUGCUUGUGAAAAACUCAUUGAGAAAAAUAGGAUUUUAGAAACUAAGGUGGAAUCUUUAACAAAUGAUUUAGCUAAAUUCACAAAUGGCACACAAAUUCUUGAUUGGUUCUCAAAGAUUAUCAAAUAA